GCGAGCGGCGCGCCCCAGAGCUUCCUUUCAGAUCGGCUGCUCAGAUAAUGAAGAAAAUGAGCAACAUCUAUGAAUCAGCAGCCAAUACCCUGGGAAUCUUUAGCAGCCCUUGCCUGACCAAGGUAGAACUGAGAGUCGCAUGCAAAGGCAUAUCGGACAGGGAUGCCCUCUCCAAGCCGGAUCCUUGUGUCAUCCUGAAAAUGCAGUCUCACGGGCAGUGGUUUGAGGUUGACAGGACGGAAGUGAUUCGAACUUGCAUAAACCCCAUCUUCUCAAAGCUUUUCACAGUGGACUUUUAUUUUGAAGAAGUUCAGCGGCUACGAUUUGAAGUGCAUGACAUCAGCAGCAAUCACAAUGGGCUUAAAGAAGCAGACUUUCUUGGUGGCAUGGAAUGCACUCUUGGACAGAUUGUUUCACAGAGAAAACUCUCAAAAUCUUUAUUGAAACAUGGCAAUACGGCUGGAAAAUCUUCCAUAACGGUGAUUGCGGAAGAAUUAUCUGGCAAUGAUGACUACGUUGAACUUUCCUUCAGCGCACGGAAAUUAGAUGACAAGGAUUUCUUCAGCAAAUCUGAUCCGUUUCUGGAAAUUUUCCGGAUGAAUGAUGAUGCCACCCAGCAGCUUGUUCACAGGACUGAGGUGGUGAUGAAUAAUUUAAACCCUGCCUGGAAGUCAUUUAAGGUGUCGGUAAAUUCGCUCUGCAGUGGAGACCAGGACCGUAGACUAAAGUGCAUAGUUUGGGACUGGGAUUCCAAUGGCAAGCACGACUUCAUUGGAGAGUUCAGUUCAACAUUCAAGGAGAUGCGAGGAGCAAUGGAAGGGAGACAGGUACAGUGGGAGUGCAUAAACCCCAAGUACAAAGUAAAGAAGAAGAAUUACAAGAACUCUGGCAUCGUCAUUCUUAACCUGUGCAAGAUUCACAAGAUGCAUUCAUUCCUAGACUACAUCAUGGGUGGAUGCCAAAUACAGUUUACAGUAGCGAUAGAUUUCACUGCCUCAAAUGGUGAUCCCCGGAACAGCUGUUCACUCCACUACAUCCACCCCUAUCAGCCAAAUGAAUACUUGAAGGCCCUGGUCGCUGUUGGGGAGAUCUGCCAAGACUACGACAGUGAUAAAAUGUUCCCCGUCUAUGGUUUUGGAGCCAGAAUACCUCCGGACUAUAAAGUCUCUCACGAUUUUGCCAUCAACUUUAAUGAAGACAACCCGGAAUGCGCAGGAAUUCAAGGAGUAGUUGAAGCAUAUCAGAAUUGCCUCCCGAAGCUUCAGCUUUAUGGGCCUACAAACAUUGCUCCCAUCAUUCAGAAGGUGGCUAAAUCAGCAUCGGAAGAAAUCAACACUAAGGAGGCAUCGCAAUAUUUCAUCCUGCUGAUCCUGACGGACGGUGUCAUCACAGACAUGGCUGACACACGCGAAGCCAUUGUUCACGCCUCCCAUCUGCCCAUGUCGGUCAUCAUCGUUGGAGUUGGGAACGCCGAUUUCAGUGACAUGCAGAUGCUAGAUGGCGACGAUGGGAUCCUGAGAUCUCCCAAGGGAGAGCCAGUUCUCCGUGACAUUGUUCAGUUUGUGCCAUUCAGAAACUUCAAACACGCAUCCCCAGCUGCGUUAGCAAAAAGUGUUUUGGCUGAAGUUCCAAAUCAAGUGGUGGACUAUUACAAUGGGAAAGCGAUUAAACCAAAAUGUAUGUCAGAGUAUGAGUCUUCCAGGACACUAGCUCCAUGAACUUCCCUGGACACUUUUACAGAGUUCAG